UAGUGCAAGCCGUCAACUGUCAUUCAAUCAGGUGUAUUCGUCUUGUUUACAAAUCAAGUUCAAUAGUGCCAUGGAGCCGACAAAAAUAUCAGCGGAGAAGCAUCAAGAGCGUCUGGAACGCCUGCGAAAUCUCCACAAACUACGCAACGAAGCUCGUACGCAAAAUCAUCAAGAAGUCAUAGCAGAGGAUGCUCGGAAGAAAUUGCCAAACAACUGGGAGUCCCGAAAGCGACAAGCAGACUGGAUCCUGGCAGACGAGAAAGCCCGCAAAGAAGCUGAAGCCGAGGGCAAGGACUACGAUCGACUCAAGCUCCUGGAAAUAUCGGCAGUCGAUGCAGAACGCAUAGAGAAAAAGAAAAAGAAGAAAAAUCCCGACCUGGGCUUCUCAUCAUAUGAAUCGCAGACUGCCCGCCAGUACAAUCGCCUCGUGAAGAACAUGCCUGCCCGGGAUAUGGUGAAAUAUGAGAAGCAGAAGAACGAACUUGGGGAAGCUUUCUACGGAGGACCUAAUACCAUCUUGCAAGGACUGCACAAGGAUACUCCUAACGCAAUCAACAAUAUGGUGAAGGAUUUGGAGACGCAAAUCGAGAAAAGGAAAAAAUACUCGAGGAGGCGGACUUACAACGACGAUGCAGAUGUGGAUUUCAUCAACGAAAGGAACUCGAAGUUCAACAAGAAGUUGGAGCGCUACUAUGGCGAGCAUACCGCGGAAAUCAAGCAGAACUUGGAACGGGGUACAGCCAUCUAGGGAGCCAUUUGGAGUCGAAUGCUAAACUCAAUAUUUUGUUUAUGUUUCUUAGAUUUAAGAAGUGGAAUUUUGUUUACAAAUAAAAUGAAUUAUUUAACGGAA